AUUAGUCUUUCAUCUUCCCUCCCGUUCCUUCUCUUUCUGCAUAUUUAACUGAAGCAACCUGAACGCUAUCUCCCUCUCCUCUGCUUACACAAGCCUAUAGACAGCUGAAGGAGGUUUUUGGCAGUACGAGAGGAGGUCAUGAGUAGCUGGAAGAGUCUUCUUCUUCGAAUUGGCGAAAAAUGCCCAGAGUAUGGCACCAGCUCUGACUUCAAAGACCACAUAGAAACGUGCUUCGGGGUUAUUCGGCGAGAGUUGGAGCUCUCGGGAGACGAUAUUUUGCACUUUCUUCUCCAAUGUGCUGAGCAACUGCCCCACAAGGUUCCUCUCUAUGGUACAUUGGUAAGAGACUUGUUAUCUUUGGAAAAUAUUGAUUACCUUAUUUCUCUUUAUUUGUCGUUGUAUGGAACAUUUCAGGAAGCUUUAGAUUUCGGGAACUGCGAUAAAAUUCGUAUAUUGAUGCGUUUUUUCACUGUACUGAUGUGCAGUAAAGUUCUUCAACCUGGUUCUUUGGGGGUUGUUUUUGAGACACUGCUAUCAUCGGCCGCCACCACUGUGGAUGAGGAGAAAGGAAAUCCUGCCUGGCAAGCACGGGGUGACUUUUAUGUAACUUGCAUUUUAUCUUGUCUUCCGUGGGGAGGAGCAGAACUAACUGAGCAAGUUCCUGAGGAGAUCGAGAGGGUCAUGGUUGGUAUACAAGCCUAUUUGAGCAUUAGAAAGCAAGCUUCUGACACUGGUUUAUCGUUCUUUGAGGAUGAUGAUGAAUCUGGUAAAGAUCUUGCUGAUAAGGAUUUCUUGGAAGAUCUAUAUGAUCGAGUACAGUCACUGUCCAACAAUGGAUGGAAAGUUGACAGUGUUCCCAGACCUCAUUUGUCAUUUGAAGCUCAGUUGGUAGCUGGAAAGUCUCAUGAGUUAGGGCCAUUCAGCUGUCCCGAGCAACCGCAUCAGCCUACAGCACUUUCUGGGAUUAUUUAUGGCAAACAAAAGUACGAGGCAGAGCUGAAGUAUCCUCAAAGAAUACGCAGGCUUAACAUCUUUUCUGCCAGUAAAACUGAGGAUUUGCAACCUAUAGAUCGGUUCAUCGUGGAAGAGUAUUUACUUGAUGUGCUUUUGUUUUUGAAUGGCUGUCGAAAGGAAUGUGCCUCCUACAUGGUUGGCCUGCCUGUGCCUUUCCGAUAUGAGUAUCUUAUGGCGGAGACAAUAUUUUCCCAGUUACUAUUGUUACCUCAACCUCCAUUCAAGCCAAUAUAUUACACUCAAGUCAUUAUGGAUCUCUGUAAGGCUCUUCCUGGCGCCUUUCCUGCAGUCAUAGCAGGAGCAGUUCGUGCUCUUUUUGACAAAAUAGCUGAUUUAGAUAUGGAGUGCAGGACACGGCUAAUUCUUUGGUUCUCCCACCAUCUAUCUAACUUCCAAUUCAUCUGGCCUUGGGAAGAGUGGGCUUAUGUUUUAGAUCUCCCAAAAUGGGCCCCACAACGUGUAUUUGUUCAAGAGGUUCUGGAGAGAGAAGUUCGACUGUCAUACUGGGACAAAGUUAAGCAGAGUGUUGAGAAUGCUCCUGCUUUAGAGGAGCUGCUUCCCCCAAAGGGCAGUCCAAACUUCCAGUACGCUGUGGAGGAUGAUAAAGAGAAAACUGAACAGCAUGCACUCUCUGCAGAGCUCAACAACAAGGUGAAAGGAAGGCAAACUGCACGUGAAAUGACAGUGUGGAUAGAGGAAAAUUUAUAUCCUGUCCAUGGCCCAGAAGUUACCCUCAAAGUAGUAGUGCAAACUCUCCUUGACAUUGGGUCUAAAAGUUUCACCCAUUUGAUCACUGUUUUGGAGAGGUAUGGGCAAGUCAUUGCAAAAAUAUGUGUUGAUAUUGAUAAACAGGUUAUGUUAAUAGCUGAAGUGAGUUCUUACUGGAAGAACAAUGCCCAAAUGACGGCCAUAACAAUUGAUAGAAUGAUGGGUUAUCGGCUUCUAUCCAAUUUAGCAAUUGUUAAGUGGGUCUUCUCUCCAGAAAAUAUAGGGCAAUUUCACACUUCGGAUCAUCCAUGGGAGAUUCUUAGGAAUGCUGUUAGCAAAACACACAACCGAAUCUGUGAUCUAAGGAAAGAGAUAGCAACUCUCAAAAAGAGCAUCUUAUCAGCUGAAGAAGUUGCUGCCAAGGCAAAAGCAGAGUUAGAGGCUGCAGAGUCAAAGCUUACUCUGGUGGAAGGUGAACCCGUUCUCGGUGAGAACCCUGCUCGGAUGAAACGAUUGAAAUCACACGCUGAAAAGGCAAAGGAAGAGGAGGUGUCCAUGCGAGACUCUUUAGAGGCCAAGGAAGCUCUUCUUUCUAGAGCUGUCGAUGAGAAUGAGGUCUUGUUUGUCUCUUUGUACAAAAAUUUCUCCUUUAUCUUCAUGGAACGCCUUCCAGAUCCAUCUACAGCAGGAACACUGAAAGCAUUAAAGUCUAUUCAGGCUGAUUCCAUGGCUGUGGACCUUGAAGAAUCUUCAGCAAUGGAGGUUGAUAAUGAGAAUGGAAUGCCUAAAAAAAGUCAGUCAAAUGGUGGAAGGGCUAGCAAUCUCUAUAAUAUAGGUGAAAAAGAGCAGUGGUGUUUGUCAACACUAGGCUACGUCAAGGCAUUUUCAAGGCAAUAUGCUUCUGAGAUAUGGCAUCACAUUGAAAAAUUGGAUGCAGAGGUAUUCAUUGAAAACAUACAUCCUCUGUUCCGGAAAGCAGUUUAUUCUGGCUUGCGGCAGCCAAUCAAUGAGGUUUGAUUCGUCCGAUUCUGUUGUAACACAAUAUUUUUUUUAACCCUUAGUCUGUUAAUGUAAAUGAGGCAAGUAGGUGGACCAGCAGGAACUUCAAGUCCAGCUGUCAAGUCCAUGACCGGACAUUUGUUUCAUUAUUUGGUUAAAGGCUUAGUGAAAAUUAAAUACCGAUCAUUGAAAUUGGCAGCUUGGAUCCUUGUU